AAAAAAAAAAAAAAAGAAAAACAAAAGAAAUAAAAAAAAUUUCCAUUUCAACUAUACUUUUCUCUUUUCUUUCUACCUCAUGCUCACCAUCUUCUUCACCCGAAGAUACAGAGAGAGGGAGGGGGAGAGAGAACGGAAGAUUAUUUCUUUCCUUAUUGGGCAUAUAAGGAAAGAAAUUUUAUUGUUUUACCCAACUCCUAGAGGGGUAUUUGCUAAUUUUCCCAAACCCCAUAACUAAUCUAUUCCCCUCUCUCUUCAUAAACACACUUUUUUUUUCCAUAAGAUAAAUUUAACACAUAUGCACGACCUUUCCAUGCAUGCAUGGCGGUGAGAAUUCAUUCAAUUCCAUCUCCUUUUCACUGUUUUGAGAAGAACUGAGUCUGGGAAGGCUUAGAAACAUACAAUUAAUGAUUAAUCAAAAUCUUGAAUGUGUGUGAUAUGAGAAACUCUCCUGAGAAGAAAUCAUCGGGUUGUGGGUUGCUAAAUGCGUUUUUCAGGCGCAGGAGUAAAUGGCAUAGGAGGUCCAACUCCACAGGCUCACUCAAAACGCACAGUGCACACAAUGAUAAUAAUGACAGAAAUUCUAUGCAAAGAAUUCCAACCAACUGGGAUGCUUUGAAUAACACCCAGAAACAGCCCGAUAGAAUCAUUGCUCGCCCUGGCCCGAACCAUUCCAAGCCGGCUGCUCCUCACAAUCACCAAAACCAGGACAAGAAAAGCUCCACUGAACGCAGGAAGGUCCCAGAGGGGACGACGGGGAUUUCAGGGGAGCUGGACAGCAUGAUCUUUGAUCAUCAGAGGUCAAAGGCGGCCAGCAACUUAGUCCGGGCUUCCUCCGGGAAUGUUAUGUUGUACGGGGAUCUGGGGAAUUUAAGACAACCUGGGAGCAACAACAUUGUUGUUACCUUGGCUCCUGUGGAAGAGCAGCAGAAUGGGAAAUAUGGUCAUGAAGAGGCUCCCCCCUCCCUUAUUUCUACCACCAUGGAUCCUGAGGAGUUGAAGGUUUUGGGGAAUGAGGAUUACAAGAAUGGGAGAUUUGCAGAAGCCUUGGCUUUGUAUGAUGCAGCAAUUGCGAUUCAUCCCAAUAAGGCAUCUUAUAGGAGCAACAAAUCUGCAGCUCUCACUGCUUUGGGGAGACUUCUUGAAGCAGCUUUUGAAUGCAGAGAAGCUAUUCGGCUUCAACCACAAUAUCAAAGAGCCCAUAAUCGUUUGGCAACUCUAUAUCUCAGAUUAGGUCAAGCAGAAACCGCGUUGCAUCAUUACAAACAGGCAGGGCAUGAAGCAGAUCCUGAUGUUCUGAACAACGCUAAAAAUCUUCAACUUCAUCUCUCCAACUGCACUGAAGCUAAGAAGCAAAGAGAUUGGAACACCCUUUUGAAAGAAAGUAGCCUAGCUAUAUCAGCAGCUGGUGCUGAUUCUGCACCACAGAUAUUUGCUCUGAAAGCUGAGGCACUGAUAAGGCUCCAUAGGUACCAUGAUGCAGAUGAAACUUUGCAGAAAGGCCCGAAAUUUGAUGUUGAUGAAUGCACCAAAUUCUUUGGCCCUGCUGGUAAUGCAACCAUGCUGAUCAUACAAGCUCAAGUCGACAUGGCUGCUGGCAGGGUGGAUGAAGCUUGGAAGGCAGCAGAACAAGCAGCUCGGCUAGACACUAAUAACAAGGAAGCAAGCAUGGUGGCUAAGAAGAUGUGCGCUGUUGCAAGUGCAAGAUCAAAUGGCAACGAACUGUUUAAGGCAGGAAGGUUUUCAGAGGCUUGUAUUGCAUACGGGGAAGGACUCGAACAUGACCCCUACAAUGCUGUCUUGCUGUCAAACCGAUCUGCCUGCCGGACAAAGCUUGAACAGUACGACCAAGCGCUCGAGGACUGCAAUGCUGCCCUUACUUUCCGACCAUCUUUCAUCAAGGCUAGACUAAGAAAAUGCGACUGUCUCCUCAAGAUGGGGAAGUUGAAAGCCUGUAUACAAGAAUGUGAGUCUUUGAUGAAAGAGUGUCCAGAAAAUGAGGAGGUUUACAGCAUCUUAGACGAGGUCAAGAUACAGCUCAGUAAGAGAGUUGCAGAUAAUGAAGAUGAAAACCAAGAUGUCUGGGAUAGCCAGCUCUUAAAGUUGAACCAGAGAGCGAGACUAUGA